UCAGGAUUUGGCGACCUCACGCCUGCGCAUUGCGGUCCAACGCUGAUGCAAGAGAAUUUGGGCGCAGCGGAGAAGCUGAUCGAGGAGCAACAGUAGCCGGAUUUCAGUCACUUUUCAAGCCGAAAACAUGUCAGGAGACGAGAUGAUUUUCGAUCCCAAUAUGACCAAGAAGAAGAAGAAGAAGAAGAAGCCCUUCAUGCUGGAUGAGGACGGAGGUGAAGGGAUGGGAGGAGAAGAGGCUAAAGAGGUGGAGGCGAAGGAGGCCGAACCAGAGGCUGGAGACGACAAAGAGAUGGACCUGGAUGAAGAUGAAGGCAGGAAGAAAGAGCCCUCUGAUGAUUUGAAUGACCUGAACUUCUUCAACCAGAAGAAAAAGAAGAAGAAACCCAAGAAAGUAUUUGACAAUGACGUUGAGGAGGGAUUGAAGGAGCUGAAGAUUGAAGGAGAGCAGACGGAAGCACUGGAGGAGGACAACCUGGAUUUGAUGCUUCCUACCAAAAAGAAGAAGUCAAAGAAAGUGGACUUCGAUGAGGGAGAGCCUCUGGAGAAAGACGACGCCCUGGAGGACGACGAGGGGAAGAACAACGAUGGAAUCUCGUUCAGCUCGUCCACAGGACCGGCCUGGGCUGGAUCGGAAAGAGACUACACUUAUGAUGAGCUCCUAAACCGAGUCUUCAACAUCAUGAGGGAGAAGAACCCGGACAUGGUGGCCGGAGAGAAGAGGAAGUUUGUCAUGAAGCCUCCUCAGGUGGUCCGAGUGGGAACCAAGAAAACCUCCUUCGUCAACUUCACAGACAUCUGCAAACUGUUGCAUCGUCAGCCUAAACAUCUCCUCGCUUUUCUGCUGGCUGAGUUGGGAACAAGCGGCUCCAUAGACGGAAACAAUCAGCUUGUGAUCAAAGGCAGAUUUCAACAGAAACAGAUAGAAAAUGUGUUGAGAAGAUAUAUAAAGGAAUAUGUGACGUGUCACACCUGCCGCUCCCCAGAAACCAUCCUGCAGAAGGACACUCGUCUCUACUUCCUGCAGUGCGAGACGUGCCACUCCCGCUGCUCCGUUGCCAGCAUCAAGACCGGCUUCCAGGCCGUGACGGGCAAGAGGGCGCAGCUCCGUGCCAAAGCCAACUAAAGGCCAUGAAGACUGGGCUCCCCCUCCUCUCUCGGCCCUCCAUUUCCCCUCAGAAGGGCCGGGGCUGGGGUCGGAGGCCUCCAGGAUUCGCUAAAAGGACUCUCUGAAUCGAACUGUGGGAGGGUUUGCCAUUGUUUAGUCGUGUCGUGGCCUGAGCGGGGCAGGGAGUGAGAGAGUGAAGCCGACUGAUGGGGUUCAGGCACCAAAAGCAGAUGAUGUUUCACCACAUACCAUGUUGGAUGCAUUUGAUUUGUCGUUUGGCUGAUGAACCCUCCACCUCGUUGGGUUUUUUGUUUUCCAUUUGCUGUGAUUCUUGAUUCCUCCAAGAAAAGUUAACACAGCUUCAGUCUUUCCUCAUUCUUUCUCCACACACUUUACAGACAUGAAUAUUUGUUUGGAUUAAAAAGAAAAAACACAUUUCUUCAUGCAAACAACCAAACUGUAGUUCAGUUCAUCUACAGUGAUGGAGCGUAGAUGCUCUACUAGCUGUAGCCAUGGUCUUCUUUUUCUGGAGCUCAGUGUUGCUUUAACUAAUAGUUGUGUUCUUUCUCCUGGUCUGGCUGUAAAUUACAAACUGUUAGUCCAGGUUUAUCAGGCCGAGCUUAUAAUAGAGAAAAAUUAAAGUCACCAGGCAGGAAUACUUCUACCACAGACCUGCUUCUGAUCAUUUUAUAGCAGAAUAUGACACAAACUGAAGCUGUUUAGGGCUGAUAAAGGGGAGGAAAUAGAAAUUAUACAGUGUUUGAGUGCUUUUGUGGCGUUGAUGAGCAGUUGUGUACUUUUAUUUCUUCAGAAGAUCAGAUGAACAAAUUCUAUCAAACAGUGGAGAUUUGAUUAGAUCAAUUUGAAAAUCAAUAAAGUUCAUUAAGAGCAGGUUUCUUGAACUGAUCCCAGUCCCCCUAAACAAACAGCUUCUGAGCAGGCUCCUCAGGUCGCUCUCCUACAGGUCAUUAUUUCCUGUGCAAUUAAAGAAAUUUAAACCACCGUCUAUCCAGGAUAUGAGUUUCAGUCCAGUGCUUCUGGACAUGUUUGGUUCUGUUCUAGUUUGAGAGGAAUGUGGAUAAGAAAGUCUGGCUGGAAUCAUUUUAAAACCUGGUUUUUACAAAAAUAAAAUAUUCUACUCUCUCUCUCCA